UAUUCAUUCAGCUGCAUAGCUCGUCGAUUCUCAGUCUAAAAUAAAAUGUCUAUACAUCAUCAAUGGUGCUUGGAUGUUUUCAAAACGUAUUUUUGUUCAUUUGAGAUAAUUGACAUAGUUUUAUACCGCAAAUCAUAUCUAGUUCGAUAUUUAUUCCAUAUUUCGUAAUAUUUUUGAGUGCAAGUGUUUAAGCAGAUCUAAGAUGUUAGCAACAAUGAUGCGGACAUGCAUCGCCCAUUUCAUUUUUCUAUCGACGCUGGCCAGCGCAAUGUACAUUUCAGAUUCCUCGUCUACAAUAACUGAACUCAAUUACCGUAACAUCACAGUUUUCAACUUCGCUUUAGUCAAGAAUGAAAAUCUGUCGCCGGAUUCGUUGUACAUGAAUUUAGAAGGAAAUGAUCUAACGUCCAUGCCAGCUAACUUCUCUAGUUACUUUCCUCAGAUUGAAAGGAUCAUACUAACUGACAACUGGCGGCUAUCGUUCCCACCAGAUGGUAGUCCAUUCCUACGGUCACCAUCAUUGAUUGAACUGUUCUGCGAGCGAUGUGGGAUUCGUGAGAUAUUCCCCAGAUCUCUACGCCGUCUACCUAAACUGGAAUAUUUAAGGCUGGGCGAGAAUCAAAUCAAGCGAAUUGCACCACAUGCCUUCCGUAAGAAUCAAAACCUUCAGAAUGUGGAUUUAAGCUCGAAUAAGCUAUCCAACAUACCAGCAGAAAUGCUGAAAGGCCUAUUGCGCAUAAAGGUUCUGGACAUGAGCAACAAUCCGGAUUUAGGCGUAGAAAACGACACACCGUUUCUAGUUAGUGAUGUUCUUGAGGUACUGAAAUGCAACUACUGUGGAUUCAAGGAAUCCUACGAGGAAACUUUUUCGGAGUUGACCAACCUGAGGGAGCUGCAUCUGAAGGAAAACCAGAUUCUGAUAAUUCCUUACCUACUCGUUCCUGUUGUUCUGAUUGCUCGACAAGGAUUCCAACUGGCAUCAGGCAGAAAUGAGCUUUUUAACAACAGUGAAGAUCGUAACUCUUAUUGGGGGUGGAGCAGAACUGUGGUAUAUUUAUGAUGUUCAAAUGCUUGGUUAACAAUUAUAAUUAUCGUAUGCAACAAAUAA